AUGAACUGGGUCCAAAGCGAAGUCAAGCAAAGAAUCAUCCUAGGCUUACACAUCCACGACGCCCUGCUUUCCCGAAUCCACCACCACGAACCUCUCCUCCACAACUCGCUCGACCGACUACCCCAGAUAUCCUCAAACGAGCUCUUCACAGCAUCCAACGCCUCAACCUGGAAAUCCCUCAUGCUAGAAACCCAAGCCAACCCAGGGCCCCUCACUCACCCAUCCCCAACCCAACGAAUCCAACACCAGUCCCGAACCCCAAGCGACUUCGCCCUAAACGGCCUCCUCGAAUCAAUAAACGCCCUCACCUACGAAGACCAAGAACACCACUCCCCAACCCCAGACUGGAUACACACCGUCCAAAAAAGCCACAAACUCCUCACCAACUUCCACAUCAAAUACAACCCUCACCCCAAUAAACCCAGCGGGUAUUCCCAUCCCAACCCCUCCUACACCCACACAUGGCCCUGCACAAUGAUACUCUGGCACUCAAUCUUCAUCACCCUCCACACAGACAUAAACGCCCUAGAAAACUCCCUCGGCCGCGAAGGCCACAACCCAAACACGCCCACCUACGCCAAGUCCUGGAUCCGCACACAAGACGCCAAACGUGCCCUCCUCCAUGCCAUGCUCCUACAGCGCCAAUUCGAGACUCUCCCCGCCGGCGCCGAACCAGCCAUCCACGUGCCCCUCUCACUUUACUACUGUGGGAUCUUAUGGGCCUGCUUUUUGUGCUUUGGUCGGCUGGAUCAGGGUCUGGAUCUGGAUCAGGGUCAGGAUCAGGGUGUGCCUGUUACUUUGUCGGCGGGCGAUGCGCGGCAUUUCGAUGAGUUGGGGUUGGAGGGGGUGGAUGGGGUGGUGUUUUUGGAACAGUUGGGUUCGUCGAUUUUGCCGGGGAGGUUGGCUAUGGGGUCUUUGUUGAGGGUUGUGGAUUUGUUGCAGAGGGUUAAUCAUUUUCGGAUUGCGAGGCGAUUGGCUGAGACGCUUUUGGCUGUUGUUGAGGAGACGCAGGGGCUUUUUUAG